AUGGACCUUCUGCAGACUUCUGCAGACCCUGAGUGGGACAAGGUCACCGCAAUUGAUGAUGCGCAGGACGAGAAUGAGCCCGAGCGCCCACGGAAGAAACGUCGCAAAUACAUUGCGAGAGCUUGCAAUGAAUGCAAGCGCCGAAAGAUUAAGUGCAACGGGCAAGCCCCAUGCCAGCGUUGUGGUCGACAGCGCCUCGAAUGUGUUUACGUGGAGCAUGCUCAACGCGACGGUCUCGGUGAGCCCGAAAAUUUUGAGCGACUCUUUGAUCAAAUGAGAUCGAUGCAGGACCAGAUUGCCAAUCUGUCUGCGGCUGUCCGGUCCAUCGCCCACAGCGACAACUCGUCCAUUGGCGCGGGGCGUCCGAGCAUUGUUGGGCCGGGACGAAUGGCAUCCGACGGGCUAUUGUCCACACAACGAGGACUUCGGCGGGUGUCGACCGCUCGAGAAACUCCUUUCCAGGGCCCGACAACAUCUGCCUUUAGCUUUGAUCUCGCUAAAUCAAGCUUACAGCGUCGGGGUAUUGUGGAGCAUCAAGAGGAGGCAGCUGAUGAGGGAGAUCUCGCACAAGAGCCAUCUCCACUGGCAUCCCCAUCUUCUCCAAACCGUGACAUGGAGCUCCAUCAAGCAGUAGACCCACUGUGGGCAUUACCCAAGGCUGAAGCACUCCGACUCUGCCGAGUCUACGAAGAGGAGAUGGGAAUCAUGUACCCAGUCUUAGAGCUUUCGGAGCUCCUGGACCAGGUCGAUCUUCUCUACGGUCUCAUGGACCGGACACUGGAUUCAAAUAUUCAAUCACAUGGAGCUCAUGUCCUCGACCAGGAAGAUAUCUACAUUCUUCGCCUCGUUUUUGCAUGUGCACUAACCGCGGAGGCCAGCGGGCGCAGUGAACAGGCCAUCUCGCUUUUCAACAGUUCAAUAUUCUAUUUUCAAAUGGACGAGGAGACACUAGCGUGGCGGACUAUUGGAAUUGUGGAACGCAUGUCUCUGGAAAAGGGCCUGCACCGCCGAGAGACACUGAAUCAACCUGCAAUUAUAGCCGCUGGAAAGGACCGUAUACUCCGACUCUUUUGGUCAAUCUACAUCCUCGACAUGCGUUGGAGUUUUGGAACUGGCAUGCCCUUCUCUCUAGAAGACAGCGAUAUUGAUCCCUGGCUUCCGGAGCCCGAAGAAAAGACCCCAUAUCUUCGCGUGAUGAUUCGAUAUAGUCGUAUGGCUGCCAAAGUAUGGAAGUUCAUAUCUGCUUUCAACAACACAAAUGAAAUCAAAAAAGACGAGAUGAACUACCUGGACUGGCAAGUAUUGAAUUGGGCCCGCACGAUCCCGGACUCAUUACGGCUUGACCACCCCAGCACCCCGGAGUCUGGUGCUGCUCUGGAAGGUCCACGAAGCUUACGACGACUUCGUGCCUUGCUUUAUUUGCGUGCGAAUCAGCUGCGAAUGCUCAUAUAUCGACCGGUUCUGCAUACAGCUGGUCAUAUCGCCCGAUAUCCUGGCGAGGCCGAGACAGUUGUUGACAUUGCAAAAGACACCAUCAGAUUCAUCACCCGUCUCAAUGAAACUUCUGAUAUCUAUCAGCUUCAGCAAGUGGCUUUCAAUUGGUUUUUGGUCUCUGCGUUGGCCGUGCUUUUCCUCGCCGUUGCGCAAGCUCCGACUCAGUUCAGCAGCUCGUGUAAAGAGGAAUUCUAUUGGGCAUUGGAGCUCGUUAAGGGAUUCUCGACCAAGUCGUACAUCUCCCGGCGACUCUGGAGGUCCAUUCGAAGCCUUCGUAAGCUCGGCCCUGAGUUGGGUCUCGGGGUACAGAAGCUUCGACAAUCGAAUCGAACAGAUGCCGAAGAUGGCACUGAUGGAACAUUGAAUCAGCAUGGAGCAUCUCUCCCGGAAACAGCCUCUAGCAACUACAGCCAAACUCCUCUGGACGGUGCACAGAUGACCCAGGAGCUGAUGGAGUGGUUCGAAGCGGUGGGAAACUUGGAAGAUCAAAUCAUGGGAGUCGGGACCGGUCCGAUGGUGGAUGACGGUUCCUGGCAGCAGAUGCCGAACGGUGGCUUCAUAUUCGAUUACGGGGCAGGGCUGUCGAGUGUAAUGAAGGAUUGCUUUUAG